AUGGCCAACUCACCGGUCGGCCAGCCUGACAACAGCCAGGCAAGCAGUCAGGUUGGAUACGCAACAGACAAUGCACCAGUGCAUCAGCCUGUACCAUGCACCAAAUGUGGCCAGGCAAUGGGCCAUCGAGCGGAUUGCUCAUACAAAUACCGAAAUUGCUGGACAUACGGUAUGCGGUCAAGUAAGAAGCAAGAGGGUUCUUUCGAAUCGCAGCCGAAACAGUGA